UAACCGGAAGCAUAUGGUUUAUCACAGACUCUUUGAUCUCCUGUAGUUUAUCUGAAUUAUCUCCUCACACUUUAAGGAUUUCGGCUGCACAAAGAGGACUCAAGCAAGCACCUACACACAAUGUUUGUCAAGAGAACCAUAUUAGUGGCUGUCCUUGCUGUAGCUUUGGGCAUUUAUCUGUUACCAUCUCCAAUAGAUCCCAAACCACACAUAUUGAAGGGCCCUCCUCCUGCUCUCGAGGGGCCCCUGGCGGUGAACACCCAUUUACAGAAUGGGCACAGGUUAUUCACAGGGAAACUCCAUGGACCAGAAUCUUUCGCAGCUGAUGAACAAGGUAAUGUUUAUACUGGCACUGUAGACGGGAAGCUGUGGAAAAUUGAUCCUGAUGACCACCUGACUCUUAUCACUCAUAUGGGACAAAAUCUAAAGGGAUGUGGCAGCUCUCCGGAGUUUGAACCCCUAUGUGGCCGUCCCCAUGGCAUUCGUUUGAAUCGUGAUGGUCAACUGAUUGUUGCAGACUCAUAUUUAGGGCUGUUUAGUGUGAACCCUCAGAGUGGAGAGAAGACUCUGCUCUUGCCUAACUCACAAGGUGCAAACGGAGUUGCCUUUGCUUUUUUAAAUGGCCUGGAGAUUUCUUCUAAAACAGGUAUAAUCUAUUUCACUGAUUCAUCGAGUCGCUGGGGCCGCAGACAUGUCAAACUAGAAGUGAUUGAACUGAACAGCCUUGGUCGUCUCCUCUCCUAUGAUCCUCAGACGGGACAUGUGCGUGUUCUGCUUGACUCUCUCUUCAUGCCCAAUGGGAUUGCCCUUUCUCCAGAAGAGGACUUCCUGCUGUUUGCAGAGACCAGCAUUGGACGUAUUAUGAGAUACUGGCUGAAAGGAGACAUGGCUGGUACCAAGGAGAUAGUCAUGGAUAACAUGAUUGGUUACCCCGACAAUAUCCGCCUUAGCAACCAUAGGACAUUCCUGGUUGGCAUAACAACUCCUCGCUUCAGGAAGUUCAUGCCUCCCUUCCUGGAUAUGAUCGCACCAUACCCAGCCAUCAAGCGCUUCCUGGCUAAAGUAGUUCCUUUGAGCUGGUAUAAUAUUCUACUGCCCCAGUAUGCUCUUGUCCUGGAGCUGGGAAUGGAUGGGAACCUUUUAGGAAGUCAUCAUGAUCCCGAGGGCAGACUGACGUGGGCCAUCAGUGAAGUCUUUCAGCACAGGGGCAGAACAUACCUGGGCAACACUGAGCUCCCCUUUCUGCCUGUGCUGGAGUCAUGGGAGCAGAGUUGAUAGAAGCCAAUCACAGGACUAAAGCCUAUAUAGACCGAAGCAUAACAGAACUAAAGCUAAAAGGACUAAAGUACUCUUGAGAUUACCCACUUUUCCUCUCUUCAGUCUCUGUAAUGCCCCUAAUUAGCCCUUGGGCAUUCAUUCUGGAUGCCUGAGCAAAGCUUAUACUGUUCCUAGAAGGUGCUAAGAGGGUGCUAUAAGGUUGUCCUUGAGGUUUUUAAUUGAAACCCUGUUUGUACAUUUCUAAAUAUCCUAGAACAGAGACAAAAAUUUGGGGGAGACUAGGGUAACCAUCCUAGAUCCCAGUCGUACGUGAGCAAUCAGUUGAGUGCUGUAAAUUGACUUUAUUUUUGCCAGUUCUACUGCAAACAUUCUUGCAUGGUAACUAAUAUAAGGACUAUUUGUAUAAAUAAACUGACAUUUUUACCA